AUGGACGGAAAUACUACAGUUCUUCCUACUAAACCUUUUGAUCGAUCCGUCAAGCUAGCUUCAUUGGCAGACUGGGCCAAGGAAAAUGGAAUUGAGCUGAAUAAUUGUGAAAUCAAAGCAGAAGGCUCUGAUGGAGCCGGAUUAUACGCCACUGCUGAUAUUACUGCUGAUUCUAAGACCCCUAUUGUGCGAGUACCCUUGGAUUCUGUGCUUACAAGACGCUCUAUUUUUGCAUUAGCUGAAAAAAGCGAAUUUUUCAAAGAUUUGUUAUACCGCAAAGCCGAUGGGACGCCAAUUACUGUUGCAUCAGGAAGCAGCCCAACAACUAAUGAAUUUUUCGAAAAGUUCCCACUAACUAGCAAGGACAUUUUGGUACGCUUUUUUAUCUACGAGAUUCUUACGUCAAGAAGAGGUGGCCCAAGAGACCGAUGGACUUCAUGGGUAGAAUCUCUGCCUCCAUUGCGAGAAAUGAACCUGCCCUUUAGUUGGGAUAAGGACGAUGUAGAGUCAUUGUACGGCUCAAGCAUCUAUGAAGCUGUGCUUUCCAAGCUAGAAUUUCUCAAGUUCCGAUACAACCGGUUGUUUGAGUCUGUGGAGUUGCGUGAACGAAUUUCCGAGUACGUCAAGGCUGGGCCGCAGCCGCAAAUCAAUCUAGAGGCUGAUGUGGAGGUGACAUUUCAGGACUGGUUACUUAUUGAAUCGUGGAUUUCUUCUCGAAGCUUAGAGGUUUUGGAGGAGCCUUCCGAAGAGUAUGAGGAAAACUUACGGUUAGGGAUGGUUCCAGUGGUAGACAUGUGCAACCACGAUGAAGUUGGGUGGAACAGCAAGUAUGAACUUGAUGGUGAGACUGGCUCGGUUCUGCUGAUACCAACGAGAGAAAUUAAAAGGGGGGAAGAAGUGACAAUUACUUAUGGAGAGAAUAAGGGUGCAGGUGAAAUGCUCUUUUCUUACGGGUUUAUACCGGCGGGUAUUAAGACAGGACAUGCCAAGGUUGCAACGUUUGCAAUUCCUCCAAUCGUUGAUGAGGAUGAUGAUGAUGAAGAAGAAGAAGAAGAAGAAGGGGGGGAUAUUAGUAAAAAUGUUGACGAGGAUGACGAUGCGACAAUUGUACUCAAGGCCAAGCACCGUAUGUUUGGGAGACGCGCGCGGCUGCUCCAAGUCCGGCAACUGGAUGCUAGUGCACCAGUAGAGUGGGAGAGCAAUUUUGUUGCAUUUCUAGGGUUGCCUGCAGAGUACAUGUCGUUUGCAGAGGUUGAAGAAGAUGAUGAAAGUGACAAAAAUGGAAAGAAUGGCCAGAAUGGCCAGAAUGGCAAUAGCGAGCCUCAGAUUUUAUAUGCUGGGCAUGCUUUUGAUCUUGGAGACGUACGUGGGUCAUUGGAACAAGUGUUUGAAAGCGGGUCGCCAGAAGGUCUAGCCGCAGAAGCUAACGCUGUUUCGCUAGCAGAGUCGCUUGUGCGCGGAGUAUUUGAGGAAGGAUUGAAUGAGCGGACCAAGAUGGCAGAGGCCGAAGAAGAAGGACCUGCGCGGCCGAUUCGCGAGAACCAUGUGUUGAUUGAAUUGGAGAAGCAACUUUUGGCGCAGCUACAAUUUUAA